AGUAUAUGAAAUCACGAACAUAUGUUGGCGUGUGUUAUGACAUUUUUCAUAUAUAUGUUCUAUUAUUUGUGCAGAUGUCUCUAGAUUAUAUACUGUCACAAAACCAAUGGUUUUCUGUUACUAUCACUCAAUACCCCAAAUACCAUUAUGUAAAAGAUUGUAUAGAAUUGCUUCAAGCAGAUGAGCAAUCACUUUUACUCUCUAGCAGUAGCAGUUUUCAUGGAUUUCUUUAUGAAUUUAUGUAUAGAGAUGAAGAGCAACAAUUCAACAGUAAACUAAUACAUGAAUUUAUAAUGAGGUUUGUUGACUGUAGUAAAAUGAAUGAGGUGUGGGUGAGGUUGGAAGAUCAUUUUGCUCAUUUUGGCUUGCAAGAAUUUUGUCUAAUCACAGGAUUACCUUGUAAUGAAGUAUCUGUUAAUCUUGAUCGCAACAAUUCUCGACUUAGAGAUCAAUAUUUUGAAAGAAAAAAAAAGAAUUAACAUGAGAAUAUUUUACGAUGCAUUCCAAUUGUGUGAAGAUCCAUAGGAUAAAUUAAAAUUUGGAUUGGUGAUGUUAGUAGAAUGUCUUUUAACACCAAUGAAAAGAUAUAUUGAUUACAGAACUUUAGGCAUGGUUGAGCAGCUGAAUGAUUUUCUGCUGUAUCCUUGGGGCCGUAAGGCAUACUUUGUUUUGUUGAAGUCGUUGCAACAAUCACAUAUUGAAAGAAUACAAAGAGUGCAACAGUCUGGCCAAAAUGAAUGUAGAUAUUUACUACAUGGAUACCCCCUUACCUUUUAGUUUAGGAUAUGCGAAGCAUUUCCUCAAAUUGGAGACAAAUUUGGACGACGUAUGUAUAAGAUAUUACAGGCUCCAAGAAUGCAUAGAUGGAAGCCAAAAAAAUAUUGAGUGAGAGAAGAGUAAAGCAAUUUUUCACUACCCAAGAGAUUGAAGUAUUUGCAGUGUUAGCACCACUGAAAAAGAAUUGGACAGAGUUUGGUAUAUGACUUUAUCAUUACCAACUGAUAACCAACAUUUUAUUUUAGAUGGCAUCGUUGGUGGAGAAUUUGAGAAUGCACGUUAACAUAUUCCACAACGUAUGGAUGAGCAACAAACAGGUGUUGCUGGUAGUUCAACAGCUCAGACUUCAAUUGGAGUUCAGAAGCCUGGUUGUUCUUCUCUUGAUUUCAACUAUGUAAGAAGAGAAAAAAUGGAAGAAAUGUUCAGUAUGUAUAGGCAGCAUGUAGUGUCAGAUAUGUCUGGCUUGUGUCAUAAUCUGAAGACAUACAUAGUUGAUGAAUCAAGAAGACAGGAAGCAAAAACUCUUCAAACCAGAGAGAAAUGUUUGAAUAACAUCAGAAAUGGUACGAAGAUCAACACCAGGGUUCGGGCUUCCAAUCUGGCAUGCAUUCCUAUCAUACUACUCAAGAAACAAAAGAACAAGAUGCUUGUUAUCAAGCAUUUCUUGAUCAACAAAAAGAAAUGGUUCAACAACAACAGAAAUGGCAUGAAGUGCAAUAUCAAGGAAUGCUUCAACAACAACAAAAACUACAUGAAGAUCAGUAUCUGGGAAUGCAGUCUUAUAUUAAUAACAAUUUUGCUUCCAUGCAGUCUUAUAUGGACAACAAUUGACGACAAAAACGAAAAUGUGAUGAAUCAUGAUUUGGAAUCAAAACUGGAAGCUAUUGCUUGUUCACAGUUGCAGGAUGUUCCUAGUUCUAGUAGUGGCCAGAAAUCACUAUAUCAAUAAAUUCAACUGGUGAACAUCUAGAAAAGAAAUGAAAAAUAAGAAAAUAAAGUAUUCAGGUAAUCUGUUAGAAGACUAUCUCAUGAAAAGAUAUGCAACAAUAAGAAAAUGGGUGGCACGGAAU